UUUCUUUCUCUCUGUCUCUCUCUCUCUCUUUCACAAUCUUAUCACUAUUGUUUCACCCUCCGAUUCCAAAUCGUGAGAUUCUCUUUCUUAUUCUUGGUUCUUCACUUUCUCAGACAAACCAAAAAGACUUCUCUUUAGUUGUUGUUGUGGGUUUUAUCUAUUACUUGAAUCUUGAGAUGUCUUACAGUGACCCAAAUCAAAACCCAAUCCCAGAAACUUACAUUCCACCGACCAAUGACACUAACUCGAUUGAAGCCGUGCAAAAACUUAAACUUUACCAAGCUUUCAUCUUCUCCAUUCCCAUUUGCUUCACAUUCAUCGUCCUCUUCGUCUUCUACGUCAUUUACCUUCGGCGACGAAACAGCAGCGUCGAUUGGUCUUCUCUCCGAAUGCGUGGUGGCAACUUCGUCUCCACCAACAAUAAUCUCUCCAUGGUUGAAUUAGGACUAAGCAAAGAAUUAAGAGAGAUGCUUCCCAUUGUCAUCUUCAAAGAGAGUUUCUCAAUCAAUGAUUCACUAUGUUCAGUGUGUCUUGGGGACUACCAAGCAGAUGAGAAGCUUCAACAAAUGCCAGCAUGUGGGCACACUUUUCACAUGGACUGUAUUGAUCUUUGGCUCACUUCACACACAACUUGCCCUCUUUGCCGUCUCUCUCUUAUCCCACAAUCUUCUCUAGACCUGUCCCAUCAAACUCCAAUGCUUGUCUCUACCAUGGAGAACUCUAACACAGGAGGAGUUUCGGCUCAACCAGAAUCCCAGUCAACAACCGAAGCAAUAACUCACAUCGAUGAUGGCCAAUUAGGUGACCGAGACAGUAGAGAGGUCUUUAAGGAAACAGAAGUGAAUAACCGAAACAGCGUAGGAACAUCUAAUGCUUGUUGUAAUUGCAGACUUGGUUAAAUUGCAUAAGAGCUUUGUCCUUUGAUGAUCAGUUGGUAAAUUUUAGUGUAUGUUGUUUUUCUUGGGUUUGUGACUUGUAAACAUUGGUAGGAGUGAAAUGAUAGCAU